AUGAUGGCGAUGAUGAUGACUAGCCGUGUGCUGCUGGUGUGUGCCCUCUGCGUGCUGUGGUGCGGUGUCUGCGGUGUUUAUGCGAGGAACCCUGACAACAACUCACUGGGCGGCUACAUGGCGUCGGGAGGGUUUGGAAGGAAUAAGUCGUUUCUGUCAACUGGAUCUAUUAAAAACUUAUCCACACCGCUUUUGCUGUCAGCAUCGUUUAUCUCUGCUAUACAAGCCGAAGCUCGUGAAGAAGUUUCUUCUACAAGAGUUACUAAUUCGCCUUUAAGUGGAGCCACGGGUUUUGGUACUGUUCCACAUGCUCCUGUUCCUGCUAUUCCUGGUGCUGCUGUUCCCGGUCAUUUUGCUGAUGCUAUUCCUGGCCCUUCUCCUGUUCGUGUUCCUGGUGCUAUUCCUGGUGCUGCCGUUUCCGCUCAUGCUGCUGCUGCUUUUUCCGGUCCUGGUGCUGCUGCUCCAGGUAAUGCUGCUGAUGCUAUUCCUGGCCCUGGUCCUAGUCCUGCUUUUUCCGGUCCUGUUCGUGGUGCUGCUGUUCCUGGUCAUGGUACUGCUGGUCCUGGUGCUGUUCGUGGUGCUGCUGGUCAUGGUCAUGGUACUGCUAUCCCUGGUGCUGCUAUUCCUGGUGCUGCUAUUCCCGGUUAUGGUGCUGCUGGUCCUGGUCCUGGUGCUGCUGGUCAUGGUCAUGGUCCUGCUGCUAUUCCUGGUUCUCCUGUUCCCGGUCACGGUCCUGGUGCUACUCCUGGUUCACUUCGUGGUCCUGCUGUUCCCGGUGAUGAUGCUGCUGUUCCUGCUUUUUCCGGUCUUGGUGAUGCUGUUGCUGAAGCUGGUCCCGGUGCUGCUGCUGUUUUUUCCAGUCUUGGUGCUGCUGUUCCCGGUCAUGCUGCUGGUCCUGCUGGUGCUGGUGCUGCUGCUGCUUUUUCCGAUCCUGGUGAUGCUAUUCCCGGCCCUGGUCCUUUUCGUGGUCCUGCUUUUUCCGGUCUUGGUGCUGUUGGUCCCGGUGCUGCUGCUGCUUUUUCCGGUGGUGGUCAUUCUGUUCUUGGUGGAAGUGAACCUCCGGACUCUCGCCCCGUCGUUAUUUCCUCAAAUGAAGGUGGUAAUGGAAAAACAACCCCGGUCAGUGUUUCAUCCGAUGAGCAGAUUGUAUCCCCACAAGAAGUUUUGGCACAAAAAGAGACAGGGAGUCAGCACACCUCUUCGCCCGAAGGACAGCCAACGGUGUCAUCCAACAAUGAAAAGAAAAGAAACAAUUUUGCUUCAGCAGGGGGUCGCAGUAUUGGCCACGACGCCGCGGGAGAUGAACUCCAAGACUCUUUGGAAGAACAAAAGAAAAAUGACCAUUCACAAACGAACGAGACAAAAAAAUCACCAGGGGAUCAAAUUACAGGAUCCCAACGCAAUGGAAAAGAACUCUCGGAAGUAUCCAACACAACAACGCAUGGGGUAAAAACUCAACAGCCAAAGACAAAUUCCGUAAAUGAGAAGAACUACAGUCAAAACACGGAUGCAUCCCACACCACCUCCCCUCUUUUGCUUCUUCUUGUUGUUGCGUGUGCGGCUGCUGCUGCGGUGGUGGCCGUGUGA